GUUACAGUGUCGCAGGGUUUUGGGAAAACACAUCCGUCUGAAGCCGGUUUCCCGGGAAACUGCUGACACAUGCAGGACGGCUGAACACGCCAGACUGGAUAGCACAAGGACACGGGUACAGGGUGAUCCCCAGCGUUGUACCUGUGACCUCGAAUAAGAUAAGUAGGUGAAGGAUGGAUCUACUUAAUCCCCAGGGAAUUUAUGCAGGCUGUGCGUUGAGGAUGUGGAAGUAUGUUUGCUCCGGGACAGAAGAGAAUUUAAUCUGCCAUAGUCCGACCAUGAAGAUCCAUCCGGUCAUCUGCAGCAGCACGGGCGACCAGAGAGGCUGCAAAAGUCGGGACUGCGAGACCGACCAGGAAAACCCUCACAGUGCUCAGUCAUCGGGGGAAAUUACAAGGGUUAGUGGGAGCAGCCCUACAGCCGGAGGGAAGAAAGUGUGCGCCGGAGCCGCGCAAGACUGCGAGCCCAGCAGCGGCAGUAACAACCCCUCAACUGGAACCAGUUAUUACAGCUGCGUCAGUCAAAUCACUUUUGGAUUUGAGCCGGGGGGGCAGGUCGCCAUCGGCAUCUCUCGGUGGAAGAAUGGAGCCCCUUUUGACGGCCUGUCGCUGCCCAGCCCCGAUGCGGUGUUCUCGGAGGCCGACGCCUGCCCGCCCCAGGGGGGGCAUUUCGACCCCGUGUCCUGCCCCGCAUCCCUGUCCAUCACCCCAGUGCCUUCCUACAGCAGCCAGGAAACGAUCAGCGACUGCAGCACAGGCAUAAGCGUGUCUCUACAUGGGGCUGACCUCCAGUGGCGGAACAGCCAAAGACGAAGUGCUCCGCAUCCCCUCCCUCAGGGCUGUGUGGCAGUGGUGAGGAACUUCUCCCUGCCUCCCGUCAGGAAGCCCGUAGCCAUGGAUUCCUCUUCUUCCGGGGAUCUUCCCUCCAGAGCUGCCGCUCAGUCGGAGGAAGCCCCACCCAAUGCAGGUACGGUUGUGAACGUCUUACUGGGCAGAUCGGAGGAGCUGCAUGACCUGCCCAAAGACGAUGACUCGCUGCUGAACCCGGGCAGUCAGACCCAGAGCUCGGAGGGGCCCAGCCAGCAGGACCUGACCACAGAGGCGGGAAGGAGCAAAUCCAGCGGCCUGUGCUUCAGCGACGGGAAGUGCCGGAUCGACUACAUCCUGGUCUACCGGAAGUCCAAUCCACAGUCGGAGAAGAGGGAAGUGUUCGAGAGGAAUAUUCGGGCCGAAGGCAUCCAGAUGGAAAAGGAGUCUUCCAUCACCAACAACGACGUGAUCUUCGUUAAGCUGCACGCGACGUGGGAAGUGCUCUGCCGCUACGCUGAGCUGAUGAACAUCCGCAUGCCCUUCAGGAGAAAAAUAUACUACCUUCACCGUCGAUACAAGUUCAUGAGCAGGAUGGAGAAGCGAAUAAACAAGUUUCGUGGAUGGCUACCUCGCAAACCCAUGAAGUUCGACAGCGACACUCUACCCGACCUGGAGGAGAACGAUAGUUUCACAGCCCCCUUCAGUCAACAGCGAAUACACCAUUUUAUCAUCCACAACAAAGACACCUUCUUCAGCAACGCCACAAGGAGCCGAAUCGUCCACCACAUCCUGCAGAGGGUGAAAUACGAGGAGGGCAAAAAUAAAAUUGGACUCAACCGCCUCUUGAGCAAUAAUUCCUACGAGGCAGCGUUUCCCCUGCACGAGGGAAGCUACAGGAGUAAAAACUCCAUUCGGACCCAUGGGGCAGACAACCAGCGACACCUCCUGUAUGAGUGCUGGGCGUGGUGGGGAGUCUGGUACAAGUACCAGCCGCUGGAUCUCAUACGGAGAUACUUUGGGGAGAAGAUCGGUCUCUACUUCGCAUGGCUGGGCUGGUACACGGGCAUGCUCUUUCCGGCAGCCAUGGUGGGGUUGCUGGUCUUCCUCUAUGGAGUCUUCACACUGGAGCAUUGCCAAGUCAGUAAAGAAGUCUGUCAAGCAACAUCAAUUAUAAUGUGUCCCCUUUGCGACAAGUACUGCCCCUACAUGCGACUGUCUGACAGCUGCGUCUACGCAAAGGUAACUCAUCUGUUUGAUAAUGGGGGAACCGUGUUCUUCGCCGUGUUUAUGGCGGUUUGGGCAACAGUAUUCCUGGAGUUCUGGAAGAGGAGGCGAGCAGUCCUCGCUUACGACUGGGACCUAAUCGAUUGGGAAGAGGAGGAGGAAGAAAUCCGACCGCAGUUCGAGGCCAAAUACUCGAAGAAGGAGAGGAUGAACCCGAUAUCGGGGAAGCCGGAGCCUUACCAAGCCUUCACAGACAAGUGCAGCCGCUUGGUGGUGUCGGCAUCAGGGAUCUUCUUCAUGAUCCUGGUGGUCAUCGCAGCCGUGUUCGGCAUCGUCAUCUACCGGGUGGUGACCGUCAGCACGUUCGCCGCCUUCGAUUGGGCACUAAUCAGGAAUAACUCUCAGGUUGCAACUACCGGGACGGCGGUGUGCAUUAACUUCUGCAUCAUAAUGCUGCUCAACGUGGUGUAUGAAAAGGUUGCUCUUCUCCUGACAAAUUUAGAACAGCCCAGGACGGAGUCAGAAUGGGAGAACAGCUUCACGCUGAAGAUGUUCCUGUUUCAGUUCGUCAAUCUGAACAGCUCCACCUUCUACAUCGCCUUCUUCCUCGGGAGAUUCACCGGCCGCCCAGGUGCAUACCUGCGACUCAUCAACAGGUGGAAGCUGGAGGAGUGUCACCCAAGCGGAUGCCUGAUUGACCUGUGUAUGCAGAUGGGUAUUAUCAUGGUGCUCAAGCAGACCUGGAACAACUUCAUGGAGCUGGGCUACCCGCUCAUACAGAACUGGUGGACGCGGCGGAGGCUGCGUAAGGAGCACGGCCGGAAGGUGAAGGCCAGCUUCCCACAGUGGGAGAAGGACUACAACCUUCAGCCCAUGAAUGCUUACGGGCUCUUUGAUGAAUACCUAGAGAUGAUCCUACAGUUUGGCUUCACUACAAUAUUUGUGGCUGCUUUCCCAUUGGCUCCUCUGUUGGCCUUAUUGAACAACAUCAUUGAAAUUCGCCUGGACGCCUACAAAUUUGUAACACAAUGGAGACGACCUCUACCCUCGCAAGCAAAGGACAUAGGCAUCUGGUAUGGCAUCCUGGAAGGCAUUGGCAUCCUCUCCGUCAUCACCAACGCCUUUGUCAUUGCUGUGACAUCUGACUUCAUCCCCCGAUUGGUUUAUGCCUAUAAGUAUGGCCCUUGUGCUGGACAGGGCCGGGCCGGGGAAAUGUGCAUGGUGGGAUAUGUCAAUGCCAGUUUGUCAAUAUUCCUCGUUACGGACUUCGAAAACCGAUCAGAGCCCCGGUCGGAUGGAUCGGAUUUAUAUGGAUCCCCGGUGAGGUAUUGCAGGUAUCGGGAUUACCGCGCUUCGCCGGACUCCGAGGAGCCCUACGCCUACACACUUCAGUUCUGGCAUGUUCUCGCGGCGCGGCUAGCCUUCAUCAUCGUGUUCGAGCACCUGGUUUUUACCAUUAAAAACCUGAUUGCCUACCUGAUCCCAGACCUUCCGAAGGACCUGCGCGACCGCAUGCGGCGUGAGAAGUACCUGAUCCAGGAGAUGAUGUAUGAAGCUGAGCUAGAAAGGCUUCAAAAGGAGAAGAACGAGAAGAAGAGGCACGACAGGUCCCACCACAAAGAGUGGCCCUGAAACUGACCUGGGAUCAGUACGGUGGUCCUGUGGAAGAUUCCAGCGAAACUACGGAACCCAGAUUUCAGUUAGCACUGAACGUACCCAUGACCGAAUCAUACGAGUAAUUAAUGGUGCACACCGAUAUUUUGACCUCAAGGGUACAGAACAGCGUCUUGGAGUUGGUUCAAUGUGGAUCACCAUGGUUAGGCUACGUUAACAACUAAGUUAGUUGUGAACUCCAGUUAUCAGGCUUAACCGGCCUUCCCUUUCUGAUUUAGUACUUGUGGAUCUGUAGUCUCGGAUCUGAUAGAAGUACACUUUAGGGUUUGCAGGUGAUACUGUAGCGCUGGGACUUAUUAUGCCCCCUGCUGGAGCUGUCUGGAAAUGGACAUAACAAUAAAGAAGCUGCAUGAGGCAUUCCUCAGCCAUGCGGGGGUCCUGGGAGUCGGUGUGUGUACAUACACUAACACGUCAAGCAUGGCUCUCUCAAACGUAACGUUGUGCUCCCAUUUCUCUUUUAGGAAAGUUAUGUGUCGAAGAACAUUUGACAAUAGUUUGCUACUCUUUUUUGCAGAAGUUUGCGUUGUCCACUGUUUUACAUCCUCAACAAAACUGAAUGUAAAUAGAAUAUUGGGGACUUUUACAGUUUGUGGUCUGUUGCAAAUCCAACCACGUUGUCUUCUGUUCUCUUUGAGUUAUAUAAAAAAAAAACAACCUGUUUACAAUGCAACCAAAUCUUGAUUUUAACAUCUUAUGAAUAAGUUGAGAAAUGAUGACAUAUCGCUUUACUGUAAAUAUGGGAAUAUUCAGUUUUUGGCCUAAGGCCGUGUUUACUGCUUGUAUAGUGUGAUGCAAUAAGACAUUAAAAACGUAUAUGUCUGGACUCUUAGAGUUGGGUCCAGACUACUCGCAUCUUCGAUACCUCUCAUGAACCAUGGAAAUGAUUAUAAUAAUAAAAAGGAUUUAUUACCAGCC